AUGGUCCUCUUCCUCCUGCUGCUGGUCUCCCUGGCUACAGUCAGCCAUGUGUCAGGAAACACUGAUUUUACAACCAGCACUGAAGUAGACAUCAAAGACUGUCCCUUUAAAUUCUUUGGAAAAGAAUACCAGAAGUUUUAUGUCGACACCUCCGGAAACAAAGUCUCAAUUUGUUUCAAAGGCAAACGCGACACAAGUGACAACGACUGUGUUCUGGUGGAUCAAAGUGAAGGAAUCAACAAGGGUCGCUGGUUCAUUACACAAUAUACCACUGCUCCAGGAUCAUCUUAUCAUAAAGCCCUGCCACAACUCACAGGGACAGCAACAUGCUACGCAGGCUUUCGAUUCUUCAAGGACGCUACUCAAUAUCUUUACUUUGCCUUCAGAACAUUUGGUGACCAAGGAGUUGUUGCUAAUUAUAUGUUUGCAGGCUAUCCACUCGCUACUCUGAACGUUGAACUUCAGGUUGGUGGUAAGAAAGUGACGACGUGGGAGAUUAAGGAGAAAACCAAGAUCAUCCCGAAGGACGCGAGCGCCUGCACACACUCAGGGAUCCUCAGGGAUCCUCAGGGAACCUCAGGGGUCCUCAGGGAUCCUCAGGGGUCAUCAGGUGCUGUUGUUCUACCAAAUAAGGGAGUAUGUGACUCAGAUGGCUCCUCUGUAACGUGCAGUGCCUCAGCAGAGCUCAAAACUACUCCUUGUGGCUCUGGGAAGAAAUGCGAGGGCGAGGGCCUGUGUGUGGCGCUGCCUCCGAAACCUGCCGUGUGCACCGUGACCGGCUCCACUGUCAUCGAUGUCGACGGUAAGGCUGCCUCCAUCCCGGAUCGCUGUGCGUACACUCUGAUGUCAGAAUCAGGCGUCAAGCUGCAGGCCGUCUUCAAGGACCGCCGUCGUACAGAUGUUAGCUUUUUGGAUCAUGUGAUCCUGCAUCUGGAUGGGCCAGAUGUUAAGAUUCACCUGGAACAAGGUGGGAGGGUUACGCUGAAGGGCAAAGAGUUGACCCUCAGCAGCACACCUGCGAAGCAUCAUGAUGUGGAGCUCACUAAGGACCAAACUGGGGUCACCGCCAAGCUGUUGAAGUCCAAAUACGGCACCUCUGUCUUCUUUGAUGGCUACACCGCACAGAUCUACACGAAAGUACCAAGUGGAACCACCAUGCCGGGUCUAUGUGGCAAGUCCAGUCGGACUCUGAGUGAAGUGAAGGUCUCUGACUUAAGCUCUGACGGCUGUGACAAAGUGACCAAGGAGACUGAUGGCAAUAAGUUUGAAUGCACGGACAUGACUAAACGGUGUGAUCUCCUGAAGAAGGCUCCCUUCGACUCCUGCCACAGCUCCAUCAAGCCUGAUCCCUACAUCAAAGCCUGCAUCGACACUCUGUGCAAAUACCCGGCGGUGGACGGUCUCAAGUGCCAGUUCCUGGGGGCCUACGUCAAAGCCUGCAGCCUGCUCGACAAGAAAGUGGAGAAAUGGAGGACAUCGACCAGCUGCUCCUCGGACAAGGCCUUCUGUCAGGACACGUUCUGCAGUGCUCAUGAGUUUUGUGCUGAGGAUACCAGCGGUGGAACCAGCUGCCUCUGUCGAUCCAGUUUUGCCUCCAAAUACAGAAAGGCAAAAACUUUUGGCGAGCCGACCGUCUGCGAUAAAAACUCUGCCUCAGUCAGUCUGGCUGGUUGUCUCAUGGAGGAAAAGAACAUCGACUACUCUGUCUUACACCUCAACGACAAGACCUGCAAAGGUCAGCGGGACGAAAAGACCCACAUGGUGACCUUCAGCUUCGACAGCGACACCUGUGGGACAGUGCUCACGGCCGAAGACAAACAACUUAAGUUCAAGAACUCCAUCGUUGCUCAGGACAGCUCUGGCUCCAAGAUCACUCGCCAUGAUGAAGUGAAAAUCGAACUCUCCUGCUACUACGACCAAACGAAAGAGGAAACCAUGUCCUUCAAAAUCAAAUCCAGCUCUGUGACCCAGACGAUUGUAUCUGGAGCUUGGGAAUACACUCUGACCAUGAAUGCCUUCACCGACGCCAGCCGCACACAAGCUGUGUCAUCCAGCACUGAAAUCCUGCUGGACCAGACCGUCUGGGUGGAGCUGAAGACGGCCGGGCUGGAUGACAAACUGGUCGCCGUGGUGACCGACUCCUGCUGGGCGACCAACGACAAAUCACCCACUGCGGAUCUGAAAUACGACCUGAUCAAGAACGGCUGUCCCGACUCUGCUGACAAGACGGUGAAAGUGGAGGGCAACGGAAAGGGAACGUCCACCUACUUCUCCUUCAACAUGUUCCAGUUCUCUGGGAAGUCUGGUGACGUCUACCUGCACUGCAAACUCAACCUGUGUGUGAAGAAGGACAACACCUGCGCCAAGAGCUGCGAUGGCGGUAAGAGAAGACGCAGAUCUGCCAGGAACAGAUAUGUGGAUGAAAACCCAGCCUUCAUCACCAUGGCCUGGACUAAUUAGGUUGUUUCCAUGGUAACUCGGACGGACCUACAGGCUUCGACCUUCGGCGUGAUUACA